AUGCGGUACGCAUCUUUGGCUGGCUCUCAUACCAAUGCAGCUUUGAGAGCCCUCCGCCACGAAGUGAAACUCCCACAAGAUCAUGGAUCCGGUCCCCUGGCACUGGAAGGCAAACUGUCGAUGGCCCGAGCUCGAUCUCAUGACCCACAGCUGUACAAGGCAGCUGAGGAAGGCAUGAUCUGGCGGAUUGUGUCCAAGGAAGCUGCAGCGAUCGAAGGUGCGCCACAGCUGAUCCAGGCAGCAUCCAAUACCUCCGGCCACUUGCAGCGGGGAGAGCAUGAGUGGCAAAUCUUGCUGCGCAUGAAGGGUAUGAUUGAAAGGUCCACCCAACCUCCAGAGUGGGCCCAAGUUCGCAAAGAUGUCAUGAGGACAAAGCCAGCCUGCGCUGAAGCCACCCCCUACAUGUAUCAGUUCUUGCUCAAGUACAUGCAUAAGAGUUUGCUGGCAAAGGUUGAGAGCAGGGUCAAGAAGAAUGUGAGCACGAAGAAGGUGCUCGGGACAGAGUUCUUUGUGAACUUGUCGGGCACGUCGAAGGAUUGGCAGGCGCAGCAUGUUUGGUUUCGGCGUGCUUUGCUUGGCCUAGCCUACAACUCAGAGAAGUUGGUUGGGGCCAGUGAUGCCCGACGAAUCUUGUCCAAAGAGAUGUCCCCAGCCGUGGCAAAGGCGGAGGGGUUGAUGAUCAAAAUGCAGAAGCUCUUGGACAGCGUCAGUAUUCCGGACGAAUCCGCACAGCAGGUUCAAACUUGUUUUGAGAAAUUCCAAGAUGGCUUGGUCUUGGAAGUCCUUGAGAAGCGCAAGGAUUUGACUCCUCAAUCCAUGGCGUGCGAGUUCAUGGAUGAACUUCAGGAGGCUCUUGGAAAGAGGCGCGAGUACGAUGAGUUUGGGAAGAUCAUGGAAGAGGCAGUUCUGGUGAGAGAACAGGGCUUUGUCGAAGGCGCAUCGGUUCUUCGCAAGAAGGACAAGGUUAGGGCCACAAUCGAGAGUUUGAAGGGGUCGAAGGUCAAAUUGUCUUUGGACACAGAGGAUGUUUCUGGAUAUUUUGAGCUUUCGGCUGGAUCUUUCUUGAGAGGAGAAUGGAAGCUGGUCAAGAAACAUGUUGAGACCACGCAAUAUGAAUUUGACACCUUCUCUGACCAUACGGCGCUCAAGUCAGAUGCAAUCAAUCUCAUGUGCGCCAAGGGUGAGGUGGCCAGGCGAUUCAUUGAAUUGGAUCAGCAGCACGCCAAAGUGCUUGAGGGGUUGAAACUCCAGGUGAAACCUUCCAGAGCAGUCUUUUGCACAAAGCCCUUUGCCAAAAACAAGUUGAUCCUAAUCCCAUCAACAUGGAAGAUUGAAUCCAAAGAGGCGAGCUCUGGCCUUUCGAUUGGAACAAUCAGGGAUGUGCCCUUGAGUCUCUUGCCUGCCUUCCUACAUUCCACGGACGGCGACUUGACUGGUUCGUUCCUGCAGCCUUUUUGGAUGGUCAAGAGAACCCAUGUUCUUGAGGAUGCAAAUUGUGAGAUUCGCCCCAACUUGACAGACGCAGAGAACAAUUCUAUCAAGAUCCCAUGUAUGUACAACACAUGUGCUUUGAAGCCCAAAGACGAGUUGAUUGUCUAUACGCCCCAAGUGAAAGUGGAAGAGGAGCCAGAGCCACUAGCUCCCAUCGCCGUGCCACCGCCUGCCAAGCGUGCCAGGACCAAAUCCAAGGAUUCGUUAGAUUGUAUAUUGCCCAUGGCCGAAGCUGAAGUCGUAGAGAGCGAGAAUGAAGAAGAGCUCGCGCAGCAGGACCCUUUGGAUCCAGCCUGCUUUGUCAUGCAGCCGACCUGGCUGCUCAAAUCAGGAUCAGUGAAGUGGUAUCCUGAGAUCGACGCGCAGGGAGGAGUAGACUUUGUGAGGCUGAGCAAAUUCGAUCGCCAUUUUGUCAAAUUCUGUCUUCAGAGGCCUAUGGAUUUGUCUCGAGGUGUGGGGAGAUCGGCCAACAGCACACUCUUUGAGGAUUUGCUGGCUUUGAGGAAGACCGCCAGCGUUGCCUCCGUGAGCGCGCAAAUGGAGAUGCCUGACGCUGAUGAGCCCGCGAGUCAGCGCCGCAAGAAGAGGGUGCGGGGCGAAGAUGUGUGCUUGGUUGAUCCUGUUGUUAAGAUCUUGCUGCCAGAGAUUGAAUACAAAGGGGAGACGUAUCCCUCCCGGGAGGUCCAGGUCUUGUUAGGUGUGAAGUCCAAGGACCUGUGGAUUGAGUUGUCCCACAAUAACCUUGCCUACAUGAGGGCUUUGGUCCAAAAGGGCGAGGGGCAGGUGCCUACGAGGAAGAAGCGUGCGUCGCCCAAGAAGAAACUGAAACGCAUGACCCCCUUGGCCGAAACUCCAUCACCAAAAAAGAGGCGGCGACCAGCUGGAGAGACUUUGAGCAAUGAGACCGAGUUUCCCAACACUCAGGUCGACCCAUCGGUGCAUCAUUUUGAUGUGCACGAGUAG